AUAAUAGUCGAAAAAGAUAUAAAAAGACAUUGAUGGUUGAAAAAUCAACAUUCGUCUCAUAGACAAUCAUAAUGCGGUCGCUUUUGGUAUUCGGUUGUGUCCUAGCCGUAGCCCUUGCGGCUGAAUACAGAACCCCUGUAAGACCAGCUACUGAUGGUAGGUAUGAUCCCAACCUAUAUGGCUCAGGAAGAUACGAAUCUGGAAAAUAUCAAGGCGGCAAAUACGACAAUUCUGGACGCUACAUCCCAGACAAUUCUGGAUUAUACAAUGGUGAUCGCGGAGACCGAGGCGGUGCUGGUGGUUUCUACACCGGAUCCUCUGACAAGGGAGGACCAGGUGGUUUCUACGUAGGCAACAAGGAUGACAUCGAGAAGUACAGGCCCGAAAAAGAAGUCAGCGUAAAAGUACCAGCCACUGCCGCACCGGUCACCACAGCCGCUCCAGUCACCACAGCCGCCCCUGUCUACGUUACAGUACCCGUAACUUACAAGCCAGUGUACAACACCCCCAUUCCAGUAGUACCAAAGGUCGUCACCCCUGGCACUUACGACUACAAAUACGGAAUCAUCCGUCAAGACGGCGACGUACUCCCCGAUGGCUACCACUACCUGUACGAGACAGAGAACAAAAUCCUCGCGGAGGAAUCUGGUCAGAUUGAGAAAGGCAACGAUUUCGAAGGCAUGAGGGCCAAAGGAUUCUACGAGUACGUCGGUCCGGACGGUGUCACCUACAGAGUGGACUACACAGCUGACGAAAGAGGCUUCAUCGCCAGUGGCGCCCAUUUACCCUAAAUUAGUAUUUAAUAUACAGAUUAUAUAUGCGCAUUAGUACGCAGGUACCUGUUCUUACAAUAUUUGUGAUUCAUGUAAAUAAAGCAAUCUUCCCUAUA